AUGGUCGGUACCUGGGGCAUGGAAAAACUGACCAAUUACCUGCGCAAGGUCGCCCUCGAGGCCGGGCACCAUCUCAGCGAGCGGGACUUGCUCAUCUUCACGGACCACCCGCCGCGAUGGGACGACUGGACGGAGGAGGACCUGAUCCUCUUCAACAGGAUGCUCCGGGCGCUGUACAACAGCCCGGUGUCGUUCAAGGUGUUCGAGAAGAUCGUUGCGACGUACUUGCUGACAGAGGCGUGGCGCGAGGAGAUGAAUUACAUACCGAUGGCGAAGAAGUUCCCCCGCCUCACCGACAUUUGCUUCGAUUGGCAGUGGUGGGACGCGCCGGCGGAGGGCGCGUGGAAGGAGGGUCUUGACUUCAAGACGUUCGCAACCGGCUGGCGCAACGUGAAGCCCAAGUGGUGGGGCAAGAAGUGGUCGCCGGCGGACCAGGAGGCCGCCAUGAGGCCGUUUGCGGAAAUCUGGCUCAGCAACGACCGACUCAACCCUGCAACCCCGGUCCAAGACCGCGAAGAUGAGGACGAUCCGCACAGCGAAGGAUACGAGAUCGACGUGGGGCGUGUGACUGGUGAGGACUGCAGGAAGGCGCAGCGCCAGGCGGAGAUCUACCUCGCCUGGAAGGCGAAGGGCCGUGCGCCCGCUGCGAUGGCGCACCCGGUCCGUCUGCGCUCAUGGGCGCGACCCCCUAACAUCCCGCCCAAGUCGCAGGAUACGGUGCACUACGGCAGCGACCGCUGCCAGCUCUGCGUUGAGCAGGGCAUGGAGGAAUGCCGUGUCCCGGCGACUGCCAACGACCCGCGCUGUGUGACUUGUCGGUCGCGCAAGAAGAGGUGCCCCUUCGGAUCACCCGUUAAACGCACCGGCUCGACCGUGCGCGCACCCUCCGCCCGUGCGCGCACCCACACUCCGGCUGUUGCAGGAGGCCCAAGGGCAGCGGGUCAUGCACCUUCCUCGUUCCUAGGUGGGCACAUUCAUGCUCUUACGCUGCCAGUCACCGCUGCAUCAGGUGAUCAGCUCGUCCAUGUGGCAAACAUGAGGCGUCCUCCACCUGUGUCUGCCAGCGACGCAUCCCCUUUCCAUCACGCUCUCACUCUCAUCCAUACGGUCAGUAUGGCGCCGAAGAAACCGACCAAGAAGCAGCGGGAGGCUGAGGCUGCGGCUGCGGCUGCGGCUGCAGCGUCGAGUGAUCCGCCCGAGCCGGAAACACCAGCACGUCCGCCUGUAUCGACCUACCCCUAUGCCUGGUGCCCGGUGCCCCUGCUGGGCAAUCUAACCAUAUAUGGAAAUAUUUUCCCACGACCCCCUGCUGGGCAGUGCCUGCCGGGCACUCCCGACCGCCAACUCAAACUGUCUUUCUACGUGCAUAACACGUCCAUCCUGACCAUUCUCGCUCGUCACUGUCGUUCUCUCACUCACAUCCUCUUUUCUCUUUUCUUCAGCACCUCUCACAGGGACCCACACUGCAUAUUGGACCACUCUCACUCGUGGCUGAAACAACUUUGA